AUGAGCCACGUCGUGCACGACCACAGGGCGGUGACUCUGCACAGGCGGGGCCUGCCACCGCAGAUGCAGAUCUCGACGCCGCAGCUGGGCGCCGCGUGCGUCGUGGCGGCCGCCGCCGACCCCGGUCCCAGUCCUGGAGCCGUCUCCAGCUCCUCCAGUUCCAGCGGCGCCCUCACCAGGCACUGCAAGUACCGCACCGCCCACGCGACGCGCGAGCGCAUCCGCGUCGAGGCGUUCAACGUGGCCUUCUGCGAGCUGCGGCGGCUUCUGCCCACUCUGCCUCCGGACAAGAAGCUCUCCAAGAUCGAGAUCCUCAAGCUGGCCAUCUGCUACAUCGCCUACCUCAACCACGUGCUCGACGUCUGA